AUGAGCUCCAUUGCCCCCUCGGCUGCAGCUUCUGUCUAUGGAAAUUUACAUGAAUCUGGUGCAGCAUCUGGGAAAACUUUUGAGUUUGGACGAACGCAUGUGGUGAAGUCUAAAGCUCGUGCAACUCUCAUUGGAGGCUUCAGCAUGGGUGCAGCAGCAUCGCUGUACUGUGCUACUUGUUGUUUUGCUCGAGGGAAAUUCGAGAAUGACAACGAGUUCUCCCCAAAUAUAAGUGCUGUUGUUGGAUUAAGCGGCCUGCUUCCCAGCGCAAAGACUCUGAGUCACAAAUUAGAAGGUGUAGCCGAGGCUUUUGAGCGCGCUGCAUCCUUGCCUAUUCUGCUUUGCCAUGGCCAAGUGUUUGACAAUUUCUCUGCACAAUUACUAGUACAUGUUUUGAUGAUAGUGGGAAAUAACAUUGCAGGGGAUGAUGAAGUUGCUCAUGAAUUUGGUGAGAGGUGUCAUCAGAAGUUAACUUCCGUUGGAUUUCGAGAUGUCACGUUUAAAUCCUAUACGACGUAA